AUGUUUGAAAAUUGUUCAUUUAAAACGGAAAAAAUAAUGUUUAUUUGUCGUGCAUUGGAAAAAAUUCUCGCCGAUCGUGAUAUAAGAAAAAAUCACAAUCAAAAAUUAAAAAAAUCAUGUGAAAUUGUUCUUGAAAAAAUCAAAAAUGACCAAAUUAAAACAUCAAACAGCAGCAAUCAUCAGCAGCAAAUCAAUCAUCAACAACAAUCGAAUGAACAUAAUCAUCAACAUUCAUCUACCCUGCCACAACCAACAAAUCGUAAAGGUCAAUCAGUGUUUGAUGAUGAAAUAUAUUUUCGUCCAUUUGAAUUGGCAUGUCAAUCACGUUCGAAUCGUAUUAUUAUUAUUGCAUUGGAUUGUAUACAAAAAUUAAUUGCAUAUGGUCAUUUUACUGGUAAUCGUAUUGAUAAUCGAUCAAAUGCUGAUGAAGGUGAUGGUGGUAAUGUUGAUGGUCAAGAAAAAAAAUUACUUAUCGAUACAAUGGUCACAUGUAUUUGUAAUUGUUUUAUUGGGCCAAAUACAGAUGAUGAUGUUCAACUGCAAAUUAUAAAAGCUUUGCUAACAAUAGUUACAUCACAAUCAUGUCCAGUACAUGAACAAAGUAUCCUAUUAGUUAUUCGUACUUGUUAUAAUAUUUAUUUAAGUAGUAAAAAAUUAGUAAAUCAAACAACAGCUAAAGCAGCUUUAACACAAAUGUUAAAUGUGAUAUUUUCACGUAUGGAAUCUAUUUCAUCAUCAUCCGCCACUUCCACAACUUCAUCAUUUGGAAAUUCUGGGGAAAUUUCCCAUCAAAACAACAAUUGUGAUAAUAAUUCAUUGGAUACAAAUCCCGAAUCUUCAAAUGAAUUAUUCGAUAUUUAUUAUCAAAUAUCCGAACAGAAUCCAUCAAAUUCAAUCAAAUCGCUAGUGGAUGAUGUUGUAACGACGAUUUGUAAAUAUUCUGAUGGUGAUUCGAUUUCUUUACAAUCAAAUCGUACACAAAUAUCAUCAUUAUCGAUCAGCAAUAACAACAAUUCAUCAUCGCUGAAAUCAUUGAAUAACCAGAAUUUGACCAAUAUUUCAUCAUUUGAAACAAGUUUCGAAACAAACGAUACUAUACAUUUAUCAUUUGAAAAUUUAUAUCAAAAAGAUGCUUAUUUAAUAUUUCGUUCGCUAUGUAAAUUAAGUAUGAAACCAUUAAUGGAUAUGAAUAAUAGUUUGGAUUUAAAAUCACAUGAAUUACGUUCAAAAAUAUUAUCACUGCAAUUAAUUCUACAAAUUUUACAAAAUUCUGGUCCAAUAUUUCAACAAAGUGAUAUGUUUGCUGUUGCAAUAAAACAAUACCUGUGUGUUGCAUUAUCCAAAAAUGGUGUAUCAAAUAUUACGGAAAUAUUUGAAUUAUCAUUGGCAAUAUUUUUAGCAUUAUUUCAAAAAUUUAAAAUUUAUCUCAAAAUGCAAAUUGAAGUAUUUUUCAAAGAAAUUUUUCUAAAUAUUUUAGAAACAAUUUCCAGUUCAUUUGAACAUAAAUGGAUGGUUAUACAGGCAUUAACCCGUAUAUGUGCUGAUGCACAAAGUAUUGUUGAUAUUUAUGUUAAUUAUGAUUGUGAUUUAUCAUCCGAAAAUAUAUUUGGCCGACUAGUUAAUGAUUUAUCAAAAAUUGCACAAGGUGGUGGUCAAAUAUUGGAUUCCGGUAUUGUUAAUCAAACACAAGAACGUAGUAUGCGUAUAAAAGGAUUAGAAUGUCUGGUAUCCAUACUGAAAUGUAUGGUUGAAUGGAGUAAUGAUCUUUAUGUAAAUCCAAAUCAACAAACUGAUUUGGUUAAUGAAAAAUCAAUGAAUCAUGUGAAAUCAGAAGAUCAACAGCAACAAUCGUUACAUGAAACUUCUUCGUUUAAUAACCUUGAUGAUAAUCCGGAAAAAUUUGAAGAAGUUAAAAAUCAAAAAAAUAUUAUCGAUAAAGGUAUUGAUCUAUUUAAUAUGAAUGCUUCGAAAGGAAUAAAAUUCCUACAACAUCAUAAUAUUAUUGAUUCGCAACCCGAAAGUGUUGCACAAUUUUUUCAUCAAAAUGAUCGUUUAGAUAAAUCAAAUAUGGGUGAAUUUAUGGGUGAUUUUAAUCAGUUUAACAAAGAAGUUAUGUAUGCUUAUGUUGAUCAAAUGGAUUUUUCCCAACGUGAUAUUGUUAGUGCAUUACGGUUUUUCUUGGAAGGCUUCCGCUUGCCGGGUGAAGCACAAAAAAUUGAUCGUUUUAUGGAAAAAUUUGCAUCCAGAUAUUUCGAAACUAAUCGUAAUCAUAACCUGUUUACAAGUGCUGAUACUGUUUAUGUUUUAGCUUAUUCAAUUAUAAUGUUAACUACCGAUUUGCAUAGUCCACAGGUAAAACGUAAAAUGACAAAAGAUGAUUAUAUAAAAUUAAAUAGAGGUAUUAAUGAAAGUAAAGAUCUACCUGAAGAAUAUCUAUCACAAAUUUAUGAUGAAAUUGCUGAAAGUGAAAUAAAAAUGAAAGGUGCAAUUGGUAUGAAAAAAGUUUCCGGAAAAGAAUUGACAAGUGAAAAAGCAAGACGCCUGUUGUAUAAUAUGGAAAUGGAAACAAUGGCAACAACAGCAAAAGCAUUAAUGGAAAGUGUAUCACAUGUUGAAUCACCAUUUACAUCGGCCAAACAUCUCGAACAUGUACGGCCAAUGUUUCGUACAACAUGGACAUCAUUUUUAGCUGCAUUUAGUGUAGGAUUACAAGAUUGUAAUGAUGAUCAAUCAAUAGCAUCACAUUGUUUAAAUGGUAUACGUUGUGCAAUACGUAUUGCAUGUAUAUUUCAAAUGUCGCUGGAAAGGGAUGCAUUUGUACAAGCCCUAUCACGAUUUACAUUACUUAAUGCAAAUGUACCGAUUAUUGAAAUGAAAACCAAGAAUAUUGAUACAAUUAAAACAUUAAUAACCGUUGCUUAUACGGAUGGAAAUUAUUUGGGAAAAAGUUGGCUAGAUAUUCUUCGUUGUAUUUCACAGCUAGAAUUGGCACAAUUAAUCGGAACGAAAGGAGGCCAAAUGGUUAAUUCACAUAAUAAUCAUCAUUAUCAUCAUAGUAAUCAUUUAUCACAGAUUCCGAAUCAAAAUGGUGGAAAUAGUUUUGGUUUUCAAUUCAAGCUAGAAUCAUUUGUAGCGCUGGAAUCAUUAGCACGGAAUCGUGAAAAAGAAUCUCGAAUUUCCGAAUCAAUGAUUGAAGCAUCAUCACAAAGUGUUAUUGUUGCUGUUGAUAGGAUAUUUACCGGUUCCAUACAUUUAGAUGGUAAUGCUAUUGUUGAUUUUGUUAAAGCACUUUGUCAAGUUUCAAGUGAAGAAUUGUCGAAUCAAAAAAAUCCAAGAAUGUUUAGUCUGCAGAAAAUUGUUGAAAUAUCCUGUUAUAAUAUGAGUCGUAUACGUUUACAAUGGUCACGAAUAUGGGAAAUAUUGGGUGAACAUUUUAAUAAAGUUGGUUGUAAUCCGAAUGAAGAGAUUGCAUUUUUUGCCAUUGAUUCACUUCGACAAUUAUCAAUGAAAUUUAUUGAAAAAGGUGAAUUAUCGAAUUUUUCAUUUCAAAAAGAUUUUCUACGGCCAUUUGAACAUAUAAUGAAAUGUAAUUCAUCGAUUACCAUUCGGGAUAUGGUUGUCCGGUGUAUUGCACAGAUGGUUAAUUCACAAGCAAGUAAUAUAAAAUCUGGUUGGAAAAAUAUAUUCAGUGUUUUUCGUAUUGCAGCAUCGGAAACUGAUUCUUAUAUAUUUGAUCUAUCAUUUCAAACAACAUGUAAUAUUUUUAAUAAUAUUUAUGAACGGAAUUUUACCGCAAUGAUUGAUUCAUUUCAAGAUGCAAUAAAAUGUUUAUCGGAAUUUGGUUGUAAUCAACAUUUUCCGGAUACAAGUAUGGAAUCAAUACGUUUGAUACGAGCUUGUGCACGUUAUGUUGCUGAACAACCACAAUAUUUUAAAGAAUUUAAUAAUUUGGAUGAUAAGCAAACAUCAUCGACUUCGAAUGGAUUUUUAGCCAGUGAAGAUGAUCGUGUUUGGAUACGUGGUUGGCUGCCAAUCCUAUUCGAAUUAUCCUGCAUUGUUAAUCAAUGUAAAUUGGAUGUUCGUACCCGAGCGUUAACGGUUAUGUUUGAAAUUAUCAAAUCACAUGGAAAUGUUUUCCGUGAAAAUUGGUGGACAGAUUUAUUCAAAAUUAUAUUCCGAAUUUUUGAUAGUUUGAAGCUGCCCGGUUCACAUUCCGAUCGUAUUGAAUGGAUGACAACAACAUGUAAUCAUGCCCUGUAUUCGAUUGUUGAUGUUUUUACACAAUAUUUUGAUUUACUUGGAUCAUUCUUGUUGAAAGAUGUAUAUUCACAAUUGUUCUGGUGUAUACAACAAGACAAUGAACAAUUAUCACGUUCAGGUAUUAAUUGUUUUGAAAAUUUGAUAAUUUCUUGUGGACGGAAAUAUAAUUCAAAAACAUGGACAAUGACAUUGGAAUUUAUUGAACGUAUAAAUGAUGCAACGAAACCUUUACAGCUUUUUGAUUCGGAUUCAGCCAAUGCCAAUGCCAAUGCCAAUCAUGUUAAUCAUGUCAAUCAUAAGCAAAGACAAAAAUCAAUAUUAACGGAUGAAGAAUUGGAAUUGAUAAAGAUAAAAUUUUUAAUACAAUUAGAUUUAAUACAAGCAAUCGAUAAUAUUGUAUUUUAUCCAUCAUUCAGUAAAAAUUUUGAUUCAGAAAUGCUGAAAUAUUUGGCGGCUAUAUCAACAAACAAUGGUCCAUUAUGUUAUUCGAAUGAAAAUAUCAUCAUCAUUAGUAACAUAAUUACAAAUGGAAUGUAUACACAAAUGACAACAACAAUUCUGUUACGUUUAUCUCGAUUUUUAUUGAAAAUUUUCAAUCAAUUUAAUCAAUUAUAUUUGGAUAAAACAAAAUCAAAAUUAUUGGCAGAUAAAUUAAUAUUACUUUCACAAUUAGAAAUUAAAAGUUUAUUAUGUUCAUUACGUAUAUUAUUCUAUUUAUAUAAUGAUUUGGAUCGUCAACAACAAACAGAACAACAACAACAACAACAAAAAGAAGAAUUUAUCGGACAAAUCGAGCAAGAAUUAAUUAGUAUUUCAUCGCGAGCAUUAAAUUAUUAUUAUCAUAUUGAAAAUGAAUAUAAUCGUGAUAAUUGGACUAUAAUUAUAUUAUUAAUAUUGUAUAAUGUUUCUUGUUUACCUUCGGGCAAAUUUUAUAAACAUAUCCAACAUUAUUAUAAACUGAUUUGUAAUCUAUUAUUAUUGGAUUUAAAAAUACCUGUAAAAAUAUUGAUACGAAAAAUAUUUCUUCGUUUAUCGGAAUCAUCGAAUAAAUUUAACUUACCACUGUUAACAAUUCCGACCAAGAAUAACUGAAAAAAAAAUGAAUGACGAUCAUCAUCAUCAAACUAACCAUCAGCCAAUGGACAAAAAUGUGUGUGCCAAACUCUUUGAAGAAACUUAUGAAAUUCAUCAAUAAUAUUGCCCCGCUGGUUGCCGCCAUACGAAAAACAAACAUUUCCAAAAUGAUGAUGAUUCAUAAUUUGAUGGAUUCAGACCAUUCUUCUACGUUUCAAUCGUUCAUUUUUCAAAUAACAACAGCCGGUGUUUGGAACAAAAAACUUUUUUGUUUCCAAAAACAAUUCAUUUUAUGAAAAAUAUUGCCUAUUAU